UGUUCUCAAUUGUGAGAAGAACUAGAACAAAUUAAAGACGUUUAAGUGUUUUUUUUUUGGUUAAAAUUAAAGACGUUUAAGUUGCAAUAAUGUAGUAACAAGAAGCAAUGCGAGUCUGGUCUGUACUUCUCAACUCUCACGCCAAAACCAUAGAACAGAAGGUGAUGUCUGUGAUCCAAGACUCCACCAAGCUGGUUCACCUCCUCCAAAUUCACUCAUUCAUCAUCAAAACCUCGCUGGACCGCAACAAUUUCAUCGUUGCCAAGCUCUUGCGUCGAAUCUUUUCAUCAUCUUCUUCUUCAUCCACUGAGUUACCUUACGCCCGCUCUCUGUUCGACGCAAUUUCCUUGCCGGACACCUUCAUUUGGAACACCAUGAUCAGGGCUUACUUGAAUUCCCAAAAUCCUAAUGAGUCUUUGUCCCUUUUUGUCCAAAUGCGUCUUCAACAAGGCAUAUUCGUCGAUAGUUUUAGCCUUUCUCUAGUUCUUCAAGCAUGUGGGAGAUCCACUGACUGUUCAAAUGGUCGAACAAUACAUACCCAAGUGUUAAAACUUGGGUUUGGUUGUGAUUUGUUUAUACAAACUGCACUUAUUGAAAUGUACGCUAAAUUUGGCCAUAUAGAUGUUGCACAUAACGUUUUCGAUGAAAUGACUGACCCGGAUUUAGUUUCAUAUAAUGUCCUGCUAGCUGAGUAUGUUCGUGUAGGGGAGAUAAGUUCAGCUCAAGAACUGUUUGAUAAGAUGCCUGACAAGGACUUGGUUUCUUGGAAUACCAUGAUUCAUGGGUACGCUUCGCGUGGUGAAUUGGGGGUUGCAAAGAAGUUGUUUGAUAGAACUUGUGAAAAGGAUGUAGUUUCUUGGAGUUCAAUAAUUGCUGCCUAUGCCAAGAGCAGGCAAUCAAAUGAGGCUUUGAGGCUUUUUCAUGAGAUGCAAGUAGCAAAUAUAGUGCCCGAUAAGAUUACUAUGGUAAGUGUAUUGUGUGCUUGUGGUGAUGUGGGUGCCUUAGGUAUGGGCAAGAUGGUUCAUGAGUGCAUAGAGAGAAAUAGGAUUGAAAUAGAUCUCAAGCUAGGGACAGCUCUUGUAGAUAUGUAUGGGAAGUGUGGGGACAUUGAUAGUUCAAUGAGAGUUUUCAAUCAGAUGAAUAAGAGGGAUGUGUUUGCUUGGAGUGCUAUGAUCAUGGGACUUGCAAACCACGGACUAGGUGAGUUAGCUCUCGAUCAUUUCUCCAGGAUGAUAUCUGAAGAAAUAAAGCCCAAUGAUGUUACCUUUAUAGGGGUGUUGAGUGCAUGCAGUCACAUUGGUUUGGUUGAUAAGGGGUGGAUAUACUUCAAGUCCAUGAAUGAUGGUUACGGUGUCACUCCUAAACUUGAACAUUAUGGAUGUAUGGUUGACAUUUUGGGAAGAGCAGGGCGACUUCAAGAGGCUAGAGAACUCAUUAGAAGUAUGCCUAUUGCACCAGAUGCCAUUGCCUGGAGAGCUUUUCUUGGAGCUUGUAGAAUCUACAAGAAUGUUGAACUUGCAGAAGAAGCUACAGUGAAUCUUCUUGAACUGGAGCCUCAUGUAGAUGGAAAUUAUGUACUUUUGUCAAACAUAUAUUCCCAAGCCAAGAAGUGGGACAAGGUCGUGAAUAUUAGGAGAAUGAUGAAAGACAUUAACAUACAGAAGGCCCCAGGUAGCAGUUCAGUUGAGGUUGAUAAUGCAGUCCAUGAAUUUGUUGCCGCUGAUAAAUCACACCCACAAUCUGUAGAGAUCUACCAAAUGUUAGCCGAGAUGUCCAAUAGAUUGAAAAAUACUGGAUAUGUACCUCUAACAGCCUCAGUGUUGCAAGAUUUUGAUGAGCAAGAGAAAGAGAAAGCAUUGGCUGUUCACAGUGAGAAGAUAGCUGUUGCUUUUGCGCUUCUUAGCACAGCUCCAAGAUCCCCUAUCCGAAUUGUUAAGAAUCUUCGAGUUUGUGAUGACUGUCAUUUGGCCUUUAAGCUUAUAUCAAGGAUAUAUGACCGGAAGAUUGUUCUUAGGGACCGUAAUCGUUUUCAUCAUUUUGUUGGGGGUUCAUGCUCCUGUAAGGACUAUUGGUGAUAAAACAAGUUGCAGACAACUCGUUUAGUGAUUGAUUAUGGGAAAUGUCAUCCCUGACUAUGAUUAUUGAGGAUGUGUACUAUGGCGUCGUCUUGAACCAAUUUGUGGGGACGCCAUAGUUCAUCAAGGGAAUCUUUUCCAGCUUUGUUUGGUAGAGUAGUUUGUUUGGUUUGUAUAUGUAACUACCCCAUUUCUCUGUGCUUGGUUCUAGAAUGAAUCACAGAUCCAUCCAUUUGAGGAAGGUCAAAUUUGACGCUUUCGAAGGGUUCAAAAUCUCCUUUACUUCUAGGACUCAUCUAAGGCCUAUUCUGUAUUCUGGAACAGUGCUGUCUAAUGAUCAACUGCAAAACUCAACAGGGCUAAAAGAUCACAUACUUUUCCAGUACCUAUUGGCAGUACAACGGACUACUUUUUUAUGUUUGUCACGAAUCCCUCUCGAAAAAACUCUUGGAAGUGGUCUAUCAUAAUUGUGUAAUCUCUUUGACUUUAGUGUACGAACCAGUGCAGAUGAAGUAACACAAUUUUCUUGGGAUACAUUUCAUCCGGAUCUUUCAGCUCUGAAAUUUUUCUAAAGAUAUGGCCAGCAGAUGCAUUUCUUGUACUACUUGAUUCAUUGGGAUCAGAAGUUUGGAUAAGCAAGAGUCUGGCUACUGCUUAAUUCACAUUGUCAUGCUAUUUCCCAAGGAUCCUCUCUGCCUUCCUCUACUAUACUUUCAACAUGGUCAGCUCCUUCCAAUGGUCGAUUUAAGCUUAAUCUCGAUGCUGUCUAUUUUAAUUCUCUCAAUCAAGUAGGUGGUGGAUUCAUCCUUUGCAAUUCCGAUGGUUGCCCUGUUUGUGUGGCCACUAUUUUUCUGAACAUCAUCCCUAACCCAGAGUUGCUGAAGCCUCUAUGCCCCAAAAAGGGUCGAUCUUUCAUUCUCUCAAUCGGGAUACUCCUCCAUAGACAUUGAAGGAGAUUGCUCAAAUGUGAUGAACCAUUGCUCCUCCACUGAGCUUUCAACCAUCCUUAUUGAAGAUGUCAUAGAGAUCAUCUGUUUCUUCCCUGAUAUCUAGCUUUUAUGGACUCCGAGAACCACCAACAAGGUUACCCAUCUUCUAAGCCAAUGGGCUUUAAAGUUCAAACAUGGCGAUUUCGAUUGGACAGUAUGGCCUUCUUGGCUGCUUAGUGCUGUUGAUUCUGAGCUCUCCCCCUCCCUCUCUUGUUCUAUUUCUCUUUAGCUGUUGUUUUGUUUUGUUUGUUUUGUCAGGGUAGGGGAAAAAAAUAAAAAAAUAGUUGGGAUAAUAUAAAUAUGCUGUCUAUUUCACUAUAUUGUGUGACAACAGGCAUAAGGUGUUGAAGCAUAAAUAUUUAGUUGCGCCGUUGUUUUUAUGAUCCAUUUUCAGCACCUCGUGGUUACCCAUCAUAUCGUAGAUUCUGACUUAUCUUA